AUGGCCAAACUUUUACUUCCUCUUUUGAUUGUUGUUUUAUUGUGUGUGACAUGUCUGGGAGCUGAUCAGAUUGUUGUUGCGGCCUUUCAGAAGAUUUUCAAAUAUGCGGCUGCUGCUAAAGUUAAAACGGUGAGUUAAUUAGAGACGGAAUUGAGAAAAUUUCGUAAUAUUUCGUUGUUGAUAACUUUAAAAUGAAAAAUCGUAAAAUCACGAGUUUUGUAUACAAUUUUAUAUUAUUUUUAUUCUUUAGGCUCACAUGAUAUUCAAGGGAGAACAAAAAUGUGAUUUGAAACUAUAAUUUUGGGAAUUCCUUUUUAGAAUUUCAACCAUUUUUGAACUGUCUGUAACUCUUUUAUUUUUGGAUCAGAAAAUUUUCGGUUUUUUUUUCUAAAAAAAAUAGUGAACACUUUUGGAACCGGAAUUUGGGACCAGAAUUUGAAAAUGCCACUUUGGGAAUAUCAAAAAAUUAUAGAUCAAAUUGAAAAAAUGUUAUAAUGGCUGUAUAGAUUCACAAAAAUCAUAUAUAUUUCAGCUAACCACAAAUUGCAACAAAGCAGCCACAAAUGCCAAGGCAAAAACUGCUGUCAAAAACUGGGUUCCAAAAAAUUGGAAAGCGGCUACGGCAACUCUCGUCGCUUCAGAUCCAUAUUCAAAACAAGCCUAUGCACAAACCAAAGCUUUGGCUUUCAUCGAUUAUCGAUGGGCUCUUAAAACUUACAUCAAUUAUAUGAAAAAUCAAGCUGUUAACUCAAAAUAUUUGACAGCUGCUGAAGGAACAAAGGUAAGUGGAAAAAGGUUAGCUAUAACGUGGCAUUCUGAAUUUUUCAGAUGACCUCCUUGUUCUGGGCUGCUGAUACUGCAACCGAAAACAACUACACUUUGACCUGCCAAAAAUUCGCAGUUGAAGCAUCGAGCGCGGUAAGUUUUUGACCUUAAGUUUUUUAAACUUGAGUUAAGCUCUUAUUUACCUUACCUUAUUAUAUUUUGAAUUUUAAGUUCUAUUUUUAGCCUAACCAAAAUUUUCAGUUAUCCGGACAUACACCAUCAGUUAUCGAACAAAUUCAAAGCUAUACUGCGAAGUUCGCAGCGGCAAAACCUGCGGUUUAUGCGAAACUUGGAUUUUCGUUGUAAUAAAAACAUUUAAUUUGAUUUCGUUAAAAUUUUAAUUUUGAAUAAAUUGUAACUUUUUCGUUUAAUCAUUUUUUUCUAAAUUUUAUUUUGAAUAACUAUUAUUUUGAUGUUUUUUAUUUGAAGUUUUUUUUGUAACUUUUAAAUUUUCAUUUCAAAAUACUUACUCCAAUUGUAGACCCUAACAAUUGCAGAUCACCAAAACUCCACCAAUUCUCACAAUGUUCCAAAAUCUGAGUGCCGAGUUCGCCAAAGCUCAGCCAACAGUUUACGCCAGCUUACACUUCACUUUAUAAUAGAUAAAAAUUCGUUUUUUGGGUUGGGUUAAAAUUUAUAUAAAACUUUUCAUCAUUCAAUAAUUUGCUUUACUUUUUUCUAAAUCUGAACUUUUAUGUUUUAUUUUAAAAGACCCGGAAAUAGAUACAAACGCAACUUUCAGAAAAUAUUUUCCGCAUAUUUUUAUUUUUCUGAAACUUCCGUUUAGUUUCAAUUUUUGCAAAUUACUCAUAAUCUCUAUUUCCGGGCCAUUUAUAAUAAAACACUCCAAAUGUAGAUCCUAACAAUUCCAGAUAACCAAAACUCCACCAGUUGUCAGUGUGAUUCAAAAUUUAACCAUCGAGUUUGCCACAGCUCAACCAACAGUUUACGCCAGCUUACACUUCACUUUAUAAUAGACCAAAAUUCGUUAUGCAAUAAUUUUGGGUUGGGUUCAAAUUUGAAUAAAAUCAUUAACUUCAAUAGUUGAACUUCUUUGUUUUCUAAUAGUAAACAGUAUAUUUUUUAAUACUACCAAACUGUGUGUGAAAAAAUAUCACUUGGGGAAAGUGCAACCCUGGCACAUAUUUUUCACUAGAAGAAGUAGUAUGUAACUCUCGCAUUUUUCAACUACUGUAGAAAAUUCUUUGAAUUUCUCACCUUAAAUUUCAUAAUAUUUGUUUUAGAUCACCAAAACUCCACCAGUUGUCAGUAUGAUCACAAAUUUGACAACUGAAUUUGCCAAAUCUCAGCCAAAAGUUUACGCCAGUUUGAAAUUCACCUUAUAG